AAAACCCUCUGAAACCUAUGGGGUCGCCAUAAGCUGACAGGGGACUCAGAGGCACCUACAUUACAUAUGUGUUUUGUAAGGACACCCGACUCCUUUUUGAUCUUGGAAGCUAAGUAGCCUCAGUCCUGUUCUUUAUGUGUGAGACCUGACCAGUAAGGAUGUGCAGCAGAUAGAAAAGGCACCGUUGGGAGAACGACAAGAGGAAAUGGAGAGAAGCGACAACAGAUAAGCUAGAUCAAUGCAGUGAUGGUUUGGAGCUCAUUCUGAAUAUUGGUGGCAAAAACAUAUAUGCCCACGAGAUGCCACAAGAUCCAGAUAAUCAUGCCAAAAAGAGGAAGCUUAAAAGAGUAAGAUUUGAGGAAGAUUUCACUGAAGCUGAGAAGGUUUCUGAAAUGUCAGAUAUUGCUGAAAAAGCAAUCAGAAGAGCCUUACACGAAAAAUGUUUUGUGAAGCUAACCCCUCUUGACGGCAUCGAAGGCAAAAACUGUAUUAAACAGGAAAAAGACGUUUUGUGGUCUCCGGAGACUGAGAUACUUGGGACACAGAAGCAUUUUUAUAAGAGAUUACUUGGCCCAGAGGAGGAAACUGUAGAGAAGGGAUCGAGACCGGGCGUUCCCGACGUCGCUGAAAAAACAUUUGAUUUUAACAGCCGUAAGACCAAAAUGGGAAGCCAUACUGCUAAUUUUGGUUUUUCUGAACGGUGUUUGGGUUCCUGGAAGAAGGGGGUUCGCUCCACCUCUCCAGUUGUUUCUGAUGAAGAAGAUAGCAGGGGAGAAAUAUUCAGCAUUCCCUGCCUUUCACAGAAGGAGCAGUCUGCAGACAAAACAGGGAAGCGAGCAUCUGAUAAUGACUACGUUUCAAAGAAAGGACAGUAUAAGAGACUGCUAACUUUUCCUGUUAAACACGACGGAAAGAAGGGCUUGGAACAAGAAGCUGUAGUGCCUGAAAAGAAUUUCUCAUGGGGUCUUGAUGUUAAAAAAAGAAAUUUUAAGGAAGAGACAUGCUCUGAAUCUGAAAGUUUGUCCAAACCUCUCUCAAGCGAAAGGGAAAGUAUAAAUGCACAUGUAACAAUAAAAGAAUGUAGUGUGCUUUUGGAGGACAUAUAUAAAAGAAAAGAAAAGCCUCGGUAUUGCUUAAAACCUCCAAAUGCAAAGAAACCGCCAUCUAAACUGCCAGAAGAUAAGGCUAUAUUUUGGAAAAAACUGAAAGUUGUCCUGCAUGAUAUGUUGGAGAACAGCUCUCUUAAACAUUCAGGGAAUCCCUUCCCAGUAAAAAAUGCUGAGAGACCACCGGAAAAUAUAAAAGUGGACGAAGUAGAAGUAGAAAGGGACCUGGAUCUGAAUAGACCAGCACAAAAUUCUGGACGAUCAGGUGCUGUGGGAAUAAACAUUGCAAAACCUGGCACUCAACUCAGCGCUUUAGAGAUUUCCGCGUUAUGUGAUCAGGGUGUUUUUGCAAGGUUUUCUAUUAUAGACGCCGACCAUGAAAAUUCUGUCGCGGGUCAUAUAGAAGAGAAUGAAAAAGUAACAGAGAGCAGGCAGAGAGAUUCUUUUCUGAUUUCUGGGUCGCCGAGCCUGAAGACCACAUCAUCCAAACCCGCUGAGUUGUACAUGGAAUAUGAGAACGAGUCGGAUAAAGAGGUUCAUGGGGAAGAUACAUGUCACACAGCAGAAGAGUACCCAGAAACACACAGUCCAACGUUUUCUGAAGUAGCCAAUGUUGAGGAUGUUGGCCAACCCAGUGGAAUAAAUCUCUCCUCUGUUUUUAGUGAUAGACCCUUUCACAUGUACAAAAUGGACUCUGAAACUGGACAUGAAGACAUACUUCAGGGAGACUGUGAAUUUGAACCUCGGGUUGUUCUGUUACAUUUAGGUGAUCCUCUUAAACUUGAUCUCGACGAGAACAGUUCAAGCAAAACCGAAACAGAGACAUUCACAGACGGAAGAAUUGCUCCAGAUUGCAAUGCGCUGGAUGGAGAAGUUAGUAAAGAGCAGGUGGAUGUAGAGGAGAAGGAAACGGUAAACCAAAGUGAGUCCGUAUCCAUGAGCAGGAACCCAGAUAGCUGCUUGUUUCUGCUGGACUUGGAUGGAGUCUUAGAUGAUCAUGUUCCUGAGUAUGCCGCAGAGAACGACAGUGACCUGGAGUAUGGAUAUAUUAAUUUUGAUCGUGGUUGUGAUAGUCCUCCGUUGGAAGACACGUCAACGUCUCUGUCACCGGAAGUUGACACUGCGGUUAUGACAAAUGAAGCGGGCUGCGAUGGAGACAUCGACAGUGGAGAAGGAAAUGCGAAUAUUCGACCUGACAAAGAAAAGAGUCCUGUGGGAGAAGAAGAAGGCCUGCAGCCACGUCAGUCUCAGGGCACCAAAAUUGUCUUUUACGAAUUGUCUGGGCCAUUGGUCAAGCUUCGUGGGACUCCCAUGGAUAACCGUGACGUGUUCGGUUUGGAAAAGCUGAAAGAGUUGGAAAAGUCUUCCAGCGACCAGGAAAGCCAAGGCAGCAUUGCUAGUCUGUCCCCGUGUAGCAAAGGUGAACGGAAGCUAUAUUCAGCAAACAGAUUUUCAAAUUUAGCCCUAUGGAAUGGGGCAGCAGGAGAAGUAACAACUGGUCUAAAGUCAUACAGAAAACUUGGUGGCAGAGUGAGAAAUUUGAACCAGGGUCUCCAUGCUCCAGAUGAUAGCAACUCAAAGAAGAGAAGUCAGAGACUGAAUAGUUCAGUAGUUCGCACCCUGACUGAGGAAGAAUGUCGUGAUAAGGUUGUGGCUGACUUGAGGGCAACACUCCAGAAAAGGUUGGAUGCCUCCCCUGACUUGGAUGUGGAGAGAAGUACAGUUUCCAAGAUUGCAAAGCAAGUGGAGAGGGAGAUCUUCAAGCUUUCUUGCUGUGUUGACCAGCAUUAUAAAAAGAAGUAUCGCAGCCUGCUGUUCAACCUGAAAUCGCCAGGAAAUCGGCCCCUCUUUAAGAAUGUGGUCCUGGGAGAGAUCACUCCCAAGAGACUCGUUCAGAUGAACUCUUUAGAGAUGGCACCCAAGCAACUUGCAGAGUGGAGAGCCAAAGAAAACAAACGGGUGUUAGACAUUAUACAGAAAGAGGAGCAAGAAGCACCAAAGCAUUGCAUGGAAAAAUUCACCCACAAAGGAAUCGUAGAGAUACACAGAGAAACACAGGAGGACUUGACAGCCCAGGAGAUCUUUAAAUCACAGUCAUUUGAGGGCGAAUCUAGUUCUGUUAGCCUGAUGGAGCUUGAAAAAGACCCAGGAGAUAACUCAGAUUGUUCAAAACAUCCUGGAAAGAUGACUGCUAGUAGUGAGAUGGACUUUAGGCCACCUACAAAAAAACGUACUUUAAACCAGAAAGCAAAUACCUCAAGAGAUUUGAGUCCAUGCAUCACGGACUCAGAGGGACGAGGGAAACCUUUACAGGAGAAGAGUUCCGUCUCACCUGACAUCCCCAAGAAACGGCGGGUGGAGAAGCAGGCCAGCCCCUCAUCCAUCUGGAAAGGAUUCAUCCAAAUGUUUGGUAUAAAGCAAUUUUUGGCAAAAGCUUAUCCCGUUUCUGGCUCAAGCUGCCUUCUCUGUCAGGACUUACCUCAUCUUCUUCAGUCAAAGGGCUGCAUUAUUCCAGAGGACGUCUGGGCCUAUUUAGACAGCAUAUGGCCAGCAAAUAGCAAGGAGAUGGGUGUGAUACGAUUUCAACCCAGCCUGCCCAAAGACUCCAACCCUUACAACAUGCUCUACACCUACCUGAACAACAAGCAGAGAUACGGCGUGGUGGACAGCGACCAGAUGGAGAUAUUCAUGGUGCCCUUAGCAGCCUACCAGCCUGUGCCUUCUAAGUUUCACCCACUUGGGGGCCCAGGGCUUGAUCCAUCCCACCCUUCUUUGCUGCUAGGGUUAAUUCUUCCUAAGAGAACUUGUGGAACUGCUUUAGAAGCUAAGACCAGUCCCGUGCCAAAAGCCAAGAAGACUGUCACUUUUAGUGACAGCAUCCAAACCAGAUGCGUGGACCUUCCUUCCCAUUCGCAAGAAAGCAUUGGCCAGCCCUGCGCGCCGGGACCUCUGUCCGAAGGUGGGUUCAUCCAUGGAAGGGAGAACCAAGCCGAGAUUGUGAUGCCAGUACAAGAGCCGCUCACGCUCAGUUCUUUCCUUAGCAUCCCUGAAGGGUUUGACACACAGACACUUCAUAGAGAGCCUUUCGUUUUGCACCCUGAAAGGCCAGCUGCUGAAGCCUUUCCAAUCAUUUUAGGUGAGUCUGUCCAGUCACUCAGUGGCCCCACUUGGCCUGGAGGGCAGCUGAGCAAUUUGCCUCUGGAAAUUGUGGGCGCACAGCCAUGUCAGGGUGAAGAUCAGGUGCAACUUUUCAUUAAUUCUGACCCUUCACAAUUCUGGAACAAUUUUGGACUUCUCUUGCUUCCGGGGGCUGUUGGUCCAGAUCAGUAUGGACCCAGUGGAGCACAAGCCCUAGAUGUAAAGGACCCAGUUUUGUCCAGAAUACUGUCCGCUGAAGGUGUGCCUUCUUGCAACGUGUCUCAAGUUCUACCUUCAUCUCAGAUCCUUUGCACUGGCUCCCUUGCUGAAGAAUCCAGUUCGGUUGUGGAGGAAACUUUACGCCUCAUUCAGCAGAUGGCCCAGUUGGACUCCAACGUACAGAUACCGGAGCUUCAGCCACUACCACCACCACCACCUCCACCACCACCACCUCCUCCGGCUGCCGUCAGUCUUCCCAUAAUGCCAGCUGAAAUCACUUCUGCUUUGUCUCAGACCUUAGCAGGGCUAGAAAUCCCCCCAGUUCAGCACGAGGAUGGUACGUAUGCCCAGCUUCAGCAGCUCUUGUCUGCUUUGAGUGGACAGAUGCAGCCCUCUUCUGCUCCUUAACAUCUCUGCUCACUUAACAGUGGACUUGCCAGAGGCAUAACCAGGAGAAAGAAUCCUCCAUGUUAUCUGAAAAAGAGGUCAAGAGCUUUGCUUAACUGAAUGAAGAAUGUGCAGGGGGAGUAGUUAGCCAGCUAUUAAGAAUAACCAAUAUAUAAAUAACCUUAACUGAUUAAUGAUUGAGACCCAGUGAUUGAGAAAGAGAGAAAUGAGGAGCGGCUGGAAACAUUGCCUACUGGCUGUAUGCCAAAACUAACCCUUUAGUAUUGUAUCCUAUCCUUAACCAUAACAGGGCCCAUUGGUGCCUCCAGUAUAUUUCCCCCUCCUCAUUUUUUUCUCCUGGAUUUUCUUCUUCCCAUUCCAUUUUUCAUUUUUUUUUUUUGGAGGGGAGUGUGGUGUUACUUAAAACCACAAUAAACAUUUUAAAAAUACAAUAGUAAGAAGAUAGUUCAUGUUGCAGAAUACUGGUUUGCAAACAGAAUCCACACAUUGGUGGAUUUAGCAAAGGAGAAGGCAGAGGGAAAAAAAACCUACCACAGUAUUGGAUCUGCGCUUAGAUGAUUGCUGGUUGUUACUGGUUUUUUAAAUGUUAACUUACGUUGAAGCAAUAAAGCUCUUCUUAUUUUUCUAAGA